ACACAGAGGAAGGGGGCGGGGUCACGUCACGGCUCCUCUUGUCCAGGCAAGUUCCUGCACUGCAUUAGAAAAAGAAGAUACAUAGCUGCACGCACGCUCACGACAUUGUCCAUACACAGUGAGGACAGCUGUGCGACCUUUAGAUAUACGCAAAAACACUGAAAAAAACUGGUUGCUCUCUCGGGAAAACUAAAAUGUGUGGAAGGACUGCAUGCACACUCGCUCCCGACGAGGUGAGUCGAGCCUGCUCGUACAGGAGCAAAGGGGGUAAGAGGAGACAGCCCCGGUGGAGGGAUGGAGACGCAGACAAAUACCAACCUUCUUACAACAAGAACCCCCAGUCCAUGAAUCCGGUCCUGCUGUCAGGGAGGCAUUUGGACGAGAAUGCUUCUAGGAAGGAGCGUGUGUUGACCUGCAUGCGUUGGGGUCUGGUACCUGCCUGGUUCAAGGGGGACGACCCCAAGAAGAUGCAGUUCAAUACCAGCAACUGCCGCAGUGAGAAUAUAUUGGAGAAGAAGUCGUACAAGGAUCCCUUCGUCAAAGGGCAGCGCUGCGUCGUCCUGGCUGACGGUUUUUACGAGUGGCAGAAGUUGGAAAAAGGCAAGCAGCCCUACUUCAUCUACUUCCCCCAGGUUCAGGAGCCCGGCCAGGAGAGAAAAGAGGGUGACCCCGCAACAAUAAGUCAUAAGAAGAAUUCGGAGGCCGUGCGCCCUGCGGGAAAGGGCGAAGAGGCACCAGGUGAGUGGACUGGAUGGAGGUUGCUGACUAUGGCUGGAGUGUUUGAUUGCUGGACACCACCAGGUGGUGGAGAACCUCUUUACACAUACAGCAUCAUCACUGUGAAUGCUGCCCCCAAUUUAGAGAGCAUCCAUAACAGGAUGCCAGCUAUCCUGGAUGGAGAGGAUGAAGUGAGGCGAUGGCUUGAUUUUGGAAAGGUGAAGUCUCUAGAUGCUCUGAAGCUGCUCGAGUCUAAAAACAUUUUGACUUUCCACCCCGUGUCUACGUUAGUCAACAACACGCGCAACAACGUUCCUAAGUGCCUCGAGCCAGUGGAUCUCAACAGCAAAAAGGAGCCCAAGCCCACAGCGAGCAGUAAGAUGAUGAAAAGCUGGCUGGCGAGCGGUUCCCCUUUAAAGAGGAAGGAAUCUGACAUGAGUGAUGGUAGAGAAGAGCAACGAGACAAGAUUCAGCACAAGUCCACAGGACUGAAGCAGUGGCUGCAGGGAACCAAUAAGAAACCAAGAACCAAGUGAAUAUAUGAACUGAAAACUGUGCAGUGAAUGAAAGACCAUUAAGCCUUAUUAUUUUUUAUUAUUCUACUAUUUUGGCAAGUAUUACAAAAAAAAGUACAUGUUCUGAUGUGAAAUGUAAAAUAGAUACUCCAAAUUUUUCAAUAAAUGUCAUUAACACAGGA